AUGUGUCCUGGCCUCUCUGACGACCUCCAGCAAAUCCAUGAUGCCAGGAAAACCCCCAUCAUUGACCGUGAGCUGUCCAAACUCAAGGUCGACAUCGCCGCCCUUCAGGAGACACGCCUCCCCGCAAGUGGCAGUCUCAAGGAGAAGGACUACACCUUCUUCUGGCAGGGACUCGAGCCAGAAGAGCGCCGCCUCUAUGGGGUCGGAUUCGCAGUGCGCAACACCCUCCUGUCUUCAAUGGAGCCUCCUUCUCAGGGGACUGCAAGGAUCCUCUCUCUCCGCCUCUCGACCCCCUCUGGACCAGCAAACAUCUUCAGCGUCUACACUCCCACACUCUGCGCUACAGCCGAGGCUAAGGACGCAUUCUACGAGGAGCUUGAAGCCAAGAUCAGAGAGAUCCCACAGAAAGAAGACCUGUUCCUACUUGGAGACUUCAACGCCCGGGUAGGCUCGAACCACAACUCAUGGCCGCGAUGCAUAGGACACUUCGGAGUGGGCAAGCUUAACGAGAACGGACAGCGGCUACUUGAACUCUGCACUUUCCAUGGUCUGUGCAUCACCAACACCUUCUUCUCCACUAAACCGCAGCACAGAGUGUCCUGGAGACACCCCAGAUCCAAGCACUGGCACCAGUUGGACUUCGUCAUCACCAGGAGGUCCCUGCUCAACCACGUGCUCAUCACUCGCACAUACCACAGUGCCGACUGUGACACGGACCACUCCCUGGUCUGCAGCAAGGUGCGUCUCCAGCCCAAGCGCAUUCAUCACUCCAAACAGCAAGGACGCCCCCGUAUUGGCACAGCCAGAGUUUCACUCCCAGGACCGCGUGAACGCUUUGCCGAGACCAUGGAGAAAGCCUUAGAGGAUUGUCCAACUGACAGUGCCACAGCGCGAUGGAACUACAUCCGAGACACCAUGUAUGAGGCGGCCUCAGACGCCUUCGGAAUGCGGGAGAGAAAAAGUGAAGACUGGUUCGAGGCGGGGAUCAAGGAGAUGAAGCCCGCCAUCACUGCCAAGAGCACCGCACUCCUCGAGCACAAGAAACAGCCCUCCAAGGAAACACUGGCUGCCUACAGAGCUGCUCGCAACAACGUCAAGAGGAUUGCUCGCAAGUGUGCAAAUGACUACUGGCUCGACCUGUGUCACAGCAUCCAAAUCGCCUCGGACUGUGGCAACAUCCACGCCAUGUAUGAGCGCAUGAAGAAAGCCUUUGGCCCUAGUGCCAUCAAGAUUGCUCCACUCAAGUCCACCACAGGCGAGAUCAUCACCGACCGCGGCAAACAGAUGGAGAGAUGGGCGGAGCAUUACCAGGAGCUGUACUCUAGGGAGACCACUGUCACCAACACCGCCAUCGAGAACACCACCCUACCCACCAUGGAAGAGCUUGACACACCACCCACAGUUGACGAGCUGAGGAAAGCCAUCAAGUCCCUUGCCAGCGGCAAAGCACCAGGCAGUGACGGCCUUCCCCCCGAGAUUGUUAAGCUAGCAAGUGAGAGUUCUCUUCUCGGCCACCUGCACGAUCUCCUGCUCCAAUGCUGGGAGGAGGGCACGAUACCCCAGGACAUGCGGGACGCUAAGAUUGUCACGCUCUACAAGAACAAGGGCGAGCGCAGCGAUUGCAACAAUUAUCGUGGGAUAUCCCUUCUCAGCAUCGUAGGAAAGGCCUUUGCUCGCGUCGUGCUUAGCAAACUGCAGUUGCUGGCUGACCGCAUUUACCCAGAGUCGCAAUGUGGGUUCCGUGCAGAGAGAUCGACAAUCGACAUGGUAUUCUCCCUCAGACAGCUUCAAGAGAAGUGCCACGAACAGAGACGCCCACUUUACCUUGCCUUCAUUGACCUGACCAAGGCCUUCGACCUGGUGAGCAGAAAUGGUCUCUUUGCCCUUUUGGAAAGAAUUGGGUGUCCGCCAAAGCUCCUGAAGAUGAUCACAUCCUUCCACGAUGACAUGUACGGUACAGUCCAGUUUGACGGAUCAUCCUCAGACCCCUUUCCAAUCAAGAACGGCGUGAAGCAAGGGUGUGUCCUGGCCCCGACACUUUUCGGAGUGUUCUUCUCCCUUCUCUUGUGCUAUGCCUUCCGUGAGUCUGAAGAUGGCAUCUUCCUCCACACCAGGAGCGACGGGAACCUCUUCAACUUGGCCCGCCUCCGUGCUAAGACCAAGGUGCGCAGAGUUCUCAUCAGGGAAAUGUUGUUUGCGGAUGAUGCUGCCCUCACCGCCCACACCGAGGAGGCACUGCAGCGGCUCAUCACACGCUUUGCGGAAGCCUGUAAUGACUUUGGCCUAACCAUCAGCCUGAAAAAGACUAACAUCAUGGGCCAAGGUGUCAGCGUCACCCCACACAUCACCAUUGGCGAGCACGCCUUAGAGGUAGUCGACAACUUCACCUACCUUGGCUCCUGCAUCUCCAGCAACCUAUCCCUGGACUCUGAGCUCAAUGUUCGGAUAGGAAAAGCAGCAACGGCAAUGGCUCGCCUUGAAAAGAGAGUUUGGGACAAUUCCCUGUUGACCAUCAACACAAAGAUGAAGGUGUACCAAGCCUGCGUACUGAGCACCCUUCUCUACGGUAGUGAGACAUGGACCCUCUACUCCCGCCAAGAACGCAGGUUGAAUGCCUUCCACAUGCGCUGCCUUAGACGACUCCUUGGCAUCACCUGGCAAGACCGCAUCACAAAUGCAGAGGUCCUAUCACGGGCAGGUCUACCCAGCAUGUAUGCCAUGCUGACCCAGAGGCGACUGCGCUGGCUCGGCCAUGUAUGCAGAAUGGAUGAUGGACGCAUCUCAAAGGACAUCAUGUACGGUGAGCUCGCCACAGGGACGCGGCCAACAGGACGACCAACUCUGCGCUACAAGGAUGUCUGCAAGCGUGACUUGAAGACCUGCAGCAUCAGCCCUGGAAACCUUGAGUCAGCAACAGCCGACCGUACACUCUGGCGAUCGACUGUCAAGGCCGGCGUCAAAAAAGCCGAGUUGAAGAGGGAGAGCCAGUGGGAGGUGAAGAGGACUCACAGGCGACAGAGGCUCCAGUCUGCCCCCAUUCAACCAACCCCCACAAAUGACUUUACCUGCACAAAAUGCCAGCGGGUCUGUGGCUCCCGUAUUGGGCUUCACAGCCACAGCCGGCGGUGCAGCUUGACGUGA